UUUUGGAGAAACAUAACGUAACGCAACGAAUGUUGUCUGUUAUCAGCAUAAUUUAUGCUGAGUUUCUGUCAGACCUUCGGGUGUUUUGACACCCAAAACAUUUGUAUUGCUAGUUGUUUGAACGUUUACUAGGCUUUGCAAAAAAAAAAACUUUCUCAUUCGAAAGGAUGUUAGACAAAUAUCGACGAUCAGUGUUAAUAUUUUUCAGUUAAUGUUAGUCGUGAUUUGAUAGUAUAACAUGGGUCCUAUUCGGUGGCGCCUAAAAGAGUUCCCGAUCAAACUGAUCAAUUGCCUUCGUUUCCGAUAUCAUUAUUCACUGCGUUGCAUACGAUCACUCACCUACAAUCAUCACAUGAGCCAAUCGUACGCAUCGGAUGUCUGCCUGGAGCCGAUCUUUUGGUUUGUGGACAACUUUACCCAUCUUCUUGGUCCGUUCUUUGUCUUUGCUGUGGUUUGUCUCACUGCUGCCGUAGUAAUUAUAUGCUAUUGGAUCGGGUUGCCUUACUGGUGGAACAAGAGUCCGAAAAUGACGUACUUCUUACUAAUAGUUGGCCACUGGUUACUCAUAAAUGUGUCAUAUAAUUUCUAUAUGGCUGCUGUCACUUCGCCAGGCAUUCCGCCAGAAAAAGAACUGAUUGUUGAGGCUGUUAGUAUUUGUAAGAAAUGUGUAGCUCCGAAACCACCUCGUACGCAUCACUGUUCCGUUUGCAACAAAUGCAUUUUAAAAAUGGAUCAUCACUGCCCGUGGCUCAAUAAUUGCGUUGGAUAUGGAAACCAUCGCUAUUUUUUCCUGUAUAUGCUAUACACCACAUUGGGAGUAUUAUUCAUUAUAAUUUUCGGCUUUGAGCUGGGUUACGAUGUUCUAAUAGUGGGAGAUGGAGAAGGAUGGAAUGAAAUAGAACCACUCCACGGGCACCCAGUCCGAUUUAACCUCUCUGGUCAUAUUAUUCCAGUGACCGAAAUGAAUGAUUAUGUGGAUGACGGUUUGGAGCCUGCUCAGCAUGAUCUGCCGGUACCACAGGAUUACAACAGUGACACUUCCAAACACCGAGCAAUCAUUUUCAUGGCUUUGAUUAACGUAGCCACACUGUUUGCUUUAGGUGCUCUUGUUUCGUGGCAUAGUUCUCUGAUCACCCGAGGAGAAACCAGUAUUGAGGCGCAUAUUAACAAAUCAGAAACCAAACGGCUCUCUGCUCUGGGGAAAAUCUACAAAAAUCCGUAUGACUUCGGUCCUCGCCGUAACUGGAGACUGUUUCUUGGCUUGAAACGAAAGCGAACGUGGUGGAGACACGUUCUGUUGCCAUCGGGUCAUAAACCGGAAGGGAAUGGUCUUAGUUGGUUGACAGUUAACGAUUUUGUGGCAAUCGAUGGUGAAGACGAGUGGCCAUAAGGAAAAAUCAUGAUAUUAAAUAAAUCCUAUCUUACUAGUCUCAUUUCAACUUUCAGUGAUCUCGAUUGUAUUUGAAUACUUAAAUGAAAUACAAAUUAGGAUUCAACAA